CUCCACCAGUUCUCACCCAACCGAUUAAUCCCUCCCUCUCUCUCUCUUCUCCAAAGCAGGCAAGAGGAGGCUGACUCAUCUCUCACUUCCCGUCACUCUUGCAACAACUCCAUGGACCAACAACAACAACUGCAACAACCCCUACUGGUUGAUAGUAAUGGUGGUGGUGGUGGUGGUGGGUCCACAUACCCACGUAACUCCAUGGGCACCACUUUGUAUCUACCUUUCUCCGGCGAACAACGGAUUUUCAUGGGCGACUGCUACGAUGAUCUGCCUCUUGGCGAUUGCGGGUACUCGAAGCCCUUUGUUGUUCUUGACGUUAUAUGGAACUUGGCAUUUGUAUUCGUGGCAGUGUUUGUGCUGUUGGCUACAAUUAGAGAAAAACCUUCCACUCCUUUGAGGGUUUGGAUUGGUGGGUAUGCUUUGCAGUGCCUAUUGCAUGUGGGUUUUGUGUAUCUUGAGUUUCAGAGGAAGAAUCAAGCUGAUUUUGGGAUUGAAGAAAGGCUUUCAUCAUUUUUUCUAAGUCAAAGCAG